UUAUGGUAAAGUUAUCUGAAAGAUGGGUGUCAGAUGUUUGGACAGGGGGCACAAUUUCAAUGCUUGCCCUAGGCGCUAUUUUCCCUAGAUACAACUCUGCAGACUGCUGGUGCAUCUGGCUGAUUACUGUCUACACUGAAUGGCAGCAGCUAUCCAGGGUUUCAAACAGGGGUGUUUCCCACUCCCAGCCCUACCUGAAGAUACUUACUUGAAACUUUCUGCAUACAAAGGAAUGCAAUCAGGACUUUGGGAAAAGGGUAUCAUUCCUGGAAUCAGAAAAGAGUUCUGAUGACCAAGAAGGCCCUCCUGUUGUGAAGAAAUUACCUCAGAAGAAAUCCAAGGCACUACACCAGCAAAGAACAAAUAGCUGCUUCCGUUGCAAAGCCACGCUACCUUGAAGAGCUGGAAUGCCACCUGCGGAAAGAGCUGCAGUCUCUGGACCUUACUAAAGGGAAAGUUCAGGAAUUAAGGCUCCAGGUCUGAGGGCAACACAACUGUUACAGAGACCCUGGUGACUGUAAACCUCGAGUGUGAAGUGCAACAGUGUUCGUUUAAGCCCCACAGGAGAGUUCUUAAAUGGAAAGCAGCCUUAUAGAGAAGUAUUUGAGUUCUUCAUGGAAGAAUUCAGAACCUACAAGCCUUUAUUGGCUUCCAUCAAGAAUGAAUACGAAUUGACUAUAGCACAUCUGAAGGAGAAGAUCCGUUCUCUGGAAUCAGUGAAUGUGAUUCUGGCAACAGCCUCUGAUCAAUACACUCGGCAGGUUCUGGCCCUUCAAGAGCAAGAGAAAAUCGAAAUAACAGAGCUGAAGAAGGACCGGAUCUACUUGCUGAAGUUGAUUGACAAAAUGAGAGAGGAGAAAUGCUCCCUAGAGACCCAGGUGUCUAAGAUGCGGAAGACAGUGGCAGCAGAAUACCUCCGCUACCUGAGCGAGUGCGAUGCCCGCAAACUGCUGCUUAUCGAUCUCAAUGAAAUGUACCGUCAAAAGGAGGAAAUGAAGCUUGCCACUACGGUCCUAGAACAUGAAGGGAAGGGGGAAGACUCUGUCAAGGUGACACUUGCGUUGAAGAUGGCCCGGCAAGACCUCACCAAAGCCCAAGUGGAGUUGAACACCUUGAAAGCAAACUAUGGAGAUGUCGUGCCCAGAAGAGACUUUGAAACACAAGAACAAAAGAAUCACGAGUUGUCUGAAAAGAUGCAGAUCCUUCAGAAGGACUUCGAAGAGCUCCAAGAAGAGUACGACACCAUGCUGGAAAUCCACAAGCAGGUUUCCGAGGAGCGAGACCAGUUCUAUAAUGAUUUUCUUGAUGUCCAGCGCAGCUCCACCCCUCGGCCUUACUGGGGAAAGUGUGCAGAGGUGAUCCCUGGUGGCGUUGAGCGCUGGCAAACUUUGUCAAAGGGCAAAACUAGUGAUCAGCUAGUAGACGUGCUUCUGGAAGAUCUUGGCGCAGCUCUGCUGAGAGAGAAGGACACUUUCGUGGCACUGGGAAGAAGCGAGAAGGUCCCCGUGUUCCUGAGGUGCGACGGUAUGGUUAGAAACAAGAAGCUGACCAAGAAGGAGGUGGUGGCCAUUUUGAGAGAAAUCUGGAAAGAGAAAAUGACAAUAGAUCUACAGAAAGGAAGGCGAACCAGCCUUUCGGAGUUCUUCCUUAAUUUCUUCCAGAGAAGAUAUGGCGAUGCUAUUGCUUUUGACUGGACUUAUACCAUCUUUGAGAACAUCAAGCUCUUUCGCACAAAUGAAACCAUGUCCUUGUUUUAUCGUAUCCUGAUUGGAAAUCUAGAUGAAGGAGUAUACCACAGCCAUCUCCAGCAGCUUACCUCCUUGCUAAGGGAACUUUCUAUCGUUGACUCCUCAAAUACUGGGCAGCUGACAUCUGAACAGUUCAGUGUUGCCCUGAAGUCUGCUUUCCCAUCAAAGACUGAGGAACAGAUUCAGGAGUUAACGGAGUCAGCAGGCUACAAACUAGAGAACCCAGAAGACCUUGUGAUGUACAAGCUCCUGUUCUUAGAGGAUGAGGAGGGGAAGACAGAACCCUUGAUUGCAAAGCUUAAAAAGCAGUACAAUAACGAUAAAAAGUCCUAUCUGCGUGAGCUCCGUGCUGAACUCGGAACCUUGGAGGAGGUAAGGCCAGAUGACCUGCGGGCUGCUUUUGUCAUACUUGACCCUGGAUUGGCUGAGCACAUCCUGGACACUUACAUCAGCCUAGCCUUCCAAACUUCCAAAGAUCAACUGGAUCCUGCUGGCUCAGUGCCUCUGGAAACAGUGAUGCAAAGACUCAAGGCUGGAGACAUCAAGCGGCAAGGAAUACCUGUUCAGACAGAGCCAAAGCAUACAAUCCCCAUCGCUGAAGAAUCAGAGGUCACCUAAACUGACCAGAUCCUCUCCUCCCCCUUCUAAGAGCCACUGGAGCAAUUCAAUGUAUGGAGCGUUUAUCUAGAACUAGACAGUCCUGCAAGAGCUCGGGAUGAUAAUUGACUAACACCCGCUCUUAUACUAGUCUAAGACAGGAAUAAAGAUUAACACUUUUUUUUUUUUUGCUUAGAACCUUGUGGUCACAGCUCCCUUUCUGACCUUGGAAGAACAUAAGAGCUUUAUAGUGCAAUACAACUAAGAUAGAACAAGAGGUUCUUUAAAACAAUUUUUUUUUUUUAAAAAGGGACACUUCAGAUUUCCAAUUCAAACCAUAGCAUUUCCCCAAGGACAGCCACAUCAGACAGAUUAGCCUCCGGUAAUGCAUAUGGCCCAGCUGUUGCAUAGAGGCUGUUUCACUCUUUGACAAGAGGGCUAAAGGAUGUUCAGACACACUGGCAGCACUUGUUCCAUCCCCACAACUCUGUGCUCAGCCACAUGGAGAAGCCGUGGUGUAAGCCAGCUGCUUACCCAACUGGGUGCUGACGCCUUUCAGCUUCCUGCUUUCAGAAGAUGCUUCUAUCUACUGCCCUUGCUGGGACUUGCACAAGAUUCAAAACUUUCUUCGUUUCUUCCUGGCAGCCAAACUGGUAUUCCAGCUAAACCUCAAAUUGAUUUGGAUUUCGAGUUUGUAAUUUGAGGACAGGCUUGUUCAUACAACCCUGAACAGGAUUUGAGGAACACCCACCAGGGCAAGAGAGCCAUAUAUGCUCCCGGUCAUGUACAUAGUCAUGUGAACUCAAAAAGCAAGGUAGGAGGAGGGGAGAGUGAUGAUGUGGGAGACGGGAGCUGGGUAGGAUGGCCUUUUGUCCACACUUGGUAAAAUACUGGGGACGGAAUGUGGGUAGGGUGCAUCUAUCCUACCUGUCUCCCACACAAUCCCUCUCCCUUACCUUGCUUUUUGAGUUCACACAACUGCCCAUGGGGAGCACACACAACUCUUAACCUGGCUAGACGCUCCUCCAGCCUUUUUUAGGGUCAUGUGAAUAAGCCUAAUAUUACUUGCAAGCAAUGGAUAGUGUUGAGGCAUUAGACGGUUAUUAUCCCUUUGCCCUAAUAAUUUCCCUUCAGCCACCCACACACUCACCCCCAAGGGCAAAGGCCCAUGUGUUUCACAUAAGGUUGUUUCGAGUAAACACCUUACAAAACAACUUCUGGCAAGAGUGUUGUAAUUGGCCAGAGAAUCCAAGAAAAGGAGGGUUUCCAUGCUGGUUGUACCAGUGUAGAUGCUUUGUUUCCCAAAAGCUGCCUAGGCUGUUUAUUUAAGUAUAUUGCAUUUGAAAUCUAAGGAGAAAUUCAAGCCAGGCAGCUUUUGGUGCAGCAAGAUCAUCUGCUCUUAUGCUUGUGAUGGUGCUCUUGAGCUCCAGAAAGUAAAGGCAUAAAGAAAAUACUGUGUGCUUUAUUUAACAAGUCUAUUAAAAUUAAUACAGA